AAAGUUCCAUCUGAUUCCGUCAUUCGCCCCCUUCCCUUCUCAUGUCAGUCGCUCGCAUUCUCGCCUGUCUCUUUCCUUCCUCUCCCCCUCCAAAGUUAGGAUUACGUAGUUCGCAACAUUCACACAUAUUUUUGGAUUCAAGGAUAUUAUUCUUUUUGAGAAAAUAAUAAUAUUUCUUAUUAAGGAAACUUUCAAAUCGAUUGAACUUCAGUGUGGAAAAUAAACAGGAAGCGUGUAACUUUUGAAGAUAAACUAUAGAAAAAAAUCUUUCCUCAUUGAAGAUGAUGUGAUUUAUCCGUGUAUCAAGAAAACGUUAUUUAAUUCGAUUUUCGUCUAUUGAAUUCUAACAAUGAGUUAUUUAUUUUGUUGAUAAAAUGGUCUGUCAGAAUAUGUUCUACUACUCCCUGACAUAAAUCAUAUAUAUAUUUGAAAAUAAUCAAUUUCAUCUCGAAUAUAAGAAGCAUAACUUUUCUAUAAAGUUUUAAAAACUUUAAUAUGACUUUAAUGUAACUUUGACAUAAUCUUGAUCAUGUAUCAAAGUCUUAGUUCUCAAAAAAAUAGGUUAGUCCAAUUGUCAAACUUGAGAAAGAAUAACAAGUCGAUUAUAUACAUGUAUAUAUAGUUUAAGAAUAAUUAAACGUCAACGAAAUUUCGUCGAAAAACUUAAUUUAAUUUUAAUAAGCAAGAAACGCGAAUUAGAAAAAAAUGAGACGAAAAGCAGGAGUGGGUGCGAUACAGAAGCAAAAGUUGGAGCAGGAGAAGUAUCGGGACAAGACUACAGAGAUCCAGGAGAACCAGUUUGAGCAAAUGACGAAGCAUAUGGAGACGUUUCGCGUGAAUUUAGAAGAGUUCGCAUCGAAGCAUAAAAAUGAGAUAAAAAAGAACGCACAUUUUCGUCGUCAAUUCACGGAGAUGUGCGCUUCGAUAGGCGUGGAUCCAUUGGCAUCCGGCAAAGGAUUCUGGUCAGUGCUGGGUAUUGGUGAUUUUUAUUAUGAACUCGCUGUCCAAAUUGUAGAAGUAUGCAUGGCGACAAAUUACAAGAAUGGUGGCUUGAUAUCAUUAGAUGAGUUGAGGACGCGUUUGAUUCAAGCCAGAGGACGUAGAAAGGAACAUCAGGAAAUCACCAAUGAAGACUUGUUAGCUGCUGCAAAGAAAUUAAGAAUAUUUGGGAAUGGUUUCUCAGUAGUUCCUAUUGGAAGAGGAAAACAUUUAGUGCAAUCAAUACCUGGAGAACUUAGUAUGGAUCACACUGCAGUAUUACGCCAGGCCAGCUUAUCCACAAAUGCUUAUGUCUCCAAAUCAAUUUUAUGCAAAGAAUUAAAAUGGGAAAAAGACAGAGCGCAGAAGGCUUUGGAUCAUAUGAUGAAGGAAGGACUGGCUUGGUUAGACGAGCAAAGCGAGGAUGAAAUGUUAUAUUGGUUUCCCAGUUUAUUUACAGCUUGCAUCGUUUCCAAAGAAUAAACUUUAUAUCAACCUAUCGUUAUCAGAUAAGUAGAAAAUGUUUUAAAGAAAACUUAAUGUUGCUUGAGAUUUGUAUCUCUUUAUUGAAUAAAAAAAUCAAUUG